AUGGUUCCCAAGAGUUUUAAAAGUGUUGAUAUUAACCGUCAAUUUGAUUGUAGCAUGUUUGAUCACAUUUUUCAAUAAUCUAAAUUGUUUACACCAGCAGUAUUAACAUCGGAAUUCUUUGAAAUCUGA